AUGACGACCGCAGAGCGCAACCGUGUAUUCUUUGAUGACAUGGCCGAAACCUACGAGUCUAAACCUUGGUGGAAGCCCGUAAACGACAAAAUCACAAACGCACUCCGUUCUGACCUUGCCUGGGUGGGAAUCCCAUUCGUCAACACCCCAGAGUCUACCGCCAAAGAAGUGCGUUUACUGGACUAUGCGUGUGGAACUGGACUUAUGACUAGGAUCUUCGGCCCCUACGUAACCGAAACCCGCGGUAUCGACGUAUCCCCCAAUAUGGUAACCUCGUACAACACACGCGCCCAAUCCCUCAACCUCGCGUCCACUACCAGCGCCGUGCACGGCGACCUCUUUGACAAAGCCAACCCUACGCCCGCGGAAUUCUCAAGCCAAGAGUGGUACAACUUUGACCUUGCGGCCGUGGGCUUCGCGUUCCACCAUUUUGAAGAUGUGGUGCUUGCGGCGAGCCGGUUGAGGGAGCGGUUGCGACCGGGUGGGGUGUUGGUGUUUAAUGAUUUCUUGGAGGGCGGGGAUUGUUUGGCGGAUGAGGAGGGGAGGAUGGUGGAGGGGAGUGAGGGGAAUCAUGUUGGGCAUUCGCAUGGACAUGGGCACGGCCAUGGACACGGGGAGAAGCAUGCGCAUGCGCAAGAGGAGGCAAAGCAACAGGAUAACAACGAUACGAGCGAUGAGAUGGUCAAGAAGAUGAAGGAUUCGAUUGUUGUCCCGUAUUUCACGAUUGAUGGGGUAAAACAGUUCCUUAGCAAGGCCGGGUUCGUGGAUAUCGAUGUCAAAGUCAUGCCGGAGAAGGUGUACAUGGGUUUCAACGACAAGAAGUUUUAUCGAACUAUCUUGUUCGCAAGGGGGAGGAGGCCUUUGGAGGAGGAGAAGAGGAAGAGUGAGCUAUGA